UCCGUCCGUCGACUGUCGUGAGAUGAGGCUGCUGUGGAGGCUCUCUAUAGCAGCCAUCUUCCUAUCAGGGCUCUGCCUUGGUAUCUGCGGCGCGGAGGAGCUUUCUCAAUGUGCGAUCACGCGUAUGGUGGAAGCGUGCACAUCGGAAGUGGAUCAGAUUCAGAAGAACUUUAACAAACUCUGGCAAGCCUUUCAAGACCACAAGGUGUCAGUCCAGGCUGAGGUCGACACAUGCAAGGAAGCGAACACGCAGUUGCAGGAACAAGUUACUGCAUUGGAAAGAGAAGUUGGCCAGCUUCGUGUCAACAUUUCCAAUUUACCACCCGGCAUGAAAGGAGAAAAAGGCGCAAUUGGAGACAAGGGAGACAUUGGAACUCCAGGUACGGAUGGACAGAAGGGCGACAUUGGAGCACCAGGUACAGAUGGGACGAAUGGAACUCCAGGUACAGAUGGACAGAAAGGAGACACUGGAUCACCAGGUACAGAUGGAACCCACGGGACUCCAGGUACAGAUGGAGAGAAAGGCGACAAGGGAGACACUGGAUCACCAGGUGCAAAUGGAUCCGACGGAACUCCAGGUACAGAUGGAGAGAAAGGCGACAAGGGAGACACUGGAAUACCAGGUACAAAUGGAUCCGACGGAACUCCAGGUACAGAUGGAGAGAAAGGCGACAAGGGAGACACUGGAAUACCAGGUACAAAUGGAUUCGACGGAACUCCAGGUACAGAUGGAGAGAAAGGCGACAAGGGAGACACUGGAACACCAGGUACAAAUGGAUCCGACGGAACUCCAGGUACAGAUGGAGAGAAAGGCGACAAGGGAGACACGGGAACACCAGGUGCAAAUGGAUCCGACGGAACUCCGGGUGCAGAUGGAGAGAAAGGCGACAAGGGAGACACUGGAACACCAGGUACAAAUGGAUCCGACGGAACUCCGGGUGCAGAUGGAGAGAAAGGCGACAAGGGAGACACUGGAACACCAGGUACAAAUGGAUCCGACGGAACUCCGGGUGCAGAUGGAGAGAAAGGCGACAAGGGAGACACUGGAACACCAGGUGCAAAUGGAUCCGACGGAACUCCAGGUACAGAUGGAGAGAAAGGCGACAAGGGAGACACUGGAACACCAGGUACAAAUGGAUCCGACGGAACUCCAGGUACAGAUGGAGAGAAAGGCGACAAGGGAGACACGGGAACACCAGGUGCAAAUGGAUCCGACGGAACUCCAGGUGCAGAUGGAGAGAAAGGCGACAAGGGAGACACUGGAACACCAGGUGCAAAUGGAUCCGACGGAACUCCGGGUGCAGAUGGAGAGAAAGGCGACAAGGGAGACACUGGAUCACCAGGUGCAAAUGGAUCCGACGGAACUCCAGGUGCAGAUGGAGAGAAAGGCGACAAGGGAGACACUGGAACACCAGGUACAAAUGGAUCCGACGGAACUCCAGGUACAGAUGGAGAGAAAGGCGACAAGGGAGACACUGGAACACCAGGUGCAAAUGGAUCGGACGGAACUCCAGGUGCAGAUGGAGAGAAAGGCGACAAGGGAGACACUGGAUUACCAGGUGCAAAUGGAUCCGACGGAACUCCAGGUGCAGAUGGAGAGAAAGGCGACAAGGGAGACACUGGAACACCAGGCUCAAAUGGAUCCGACGGAACUCCAGGUGCAGAUGGAGAGAAAGGCGACAAGGGAGACACUGGAACACCAGGUACAAAUGGAUCCGACGGAACUCCGGGUGCAGAUGGAGAGAAAGGCGACAAGGGAGACACUGGAACACCAGGCUCAAAUGGAUCCGACGGAACUCCAGGUACAGAUGGAGAGAAAGGCGACAAGGGAGACACUGGAACACCAGGUGCAAAUGGAUCGGACGGAACUCCAGGUGCAGAUGGAGAGAAAGGCGACAAGGGAGACACUGGAUUACCAGGUGCAAAUGGAUCCGACGGAACUCCAGGUGCAGAUGGAGAGAAAGGCGACAAGGGAGACACUGGAACACCAGGUACAAAUGGAUCCGACGGAACUCCGGGUGCAGAUGGAGAGAAAGGCGACAAGGGAGACACUGGAACACCAGGUGCAAAUGGAUCCGACGGGACUCCAGGUACAGAUGGAGAGAAAGGCGACAAGGGAGACACUGGAACACCAGGUACAAAUGGAUCCGACGGAACUCCAGGUACAGAUGGAGAGAAAGGCGACAAGGGAGACACGGGAACACCAGGUGCAAAUGGAUCCGACGGAACUCCAGGUGCAGAUGGAGAGAAAGGCGACAAGGGAGACACUGGAACACCAGGUACAAAUGGAUCCGACGGAACUCCGGGUGCAGAUGGAGAGAAAGGCGACAAGGGAGACACUGGAACACCAGGUACAAAUGGAUCCGACGGAACUCCAGGUACAGAUGGAGAGAAAGGCGACAAGGGAGACACGGGAACACCAGGUGCAAAUGGAUCCGACGGAACUCCGGGUGCAGAUGGAGAGAAAGGCGACAAGGGAGACACUGGAACACCAGGCUCAAAUGGAUCCGACGGAACUCCGGGUGCAGAUGGAGAGAAAGGCGACAAGGGAGACACUGGAACACCAGGCUCAAAUGGAUCGGACGGAACUCCAGGUGCAGAUGGAGAGAAAGGCGACAAGACAAAUGGAUCCGACGGAACUCCGGGCGACAAGGGAGACACUGGAACACCAGGCUCAAAUGGAUCCGACGGAACUCCAGGUGCAGAUGGAGAGAAAGGCGACAAGGGAGACACUGGAACACCAGGUACAAAUGGAUCCGACGGAACUCCGGGUGCAGAUGGAGAGAAAGGCGACAAGGGAGACACUGGAACACCAGGUGCAAAUGGAUCGGACGGAACUCCAGGUACAGAUGGAGAGAAAGGCGACAAGGGAGACACUGGAACACCAGGUACAAAUGGAUCCGACGGAACUCCAGGUACAGAUGGAGAGAAAGGCGACAAGGGAGACACGGGAACACCAGGUGCAAAUGGAUCCGACGGAACUCCGGGUGCAGAUGGAGAGAAAGGCGACAAGGGAGACACUGGAACACCAGGCUCAAAUGGAUCCGACGGAACUCCGGGUGCAGAUGGAGAGAAAGGCGACAAGGGAGACACUGGAACACCAGGCUCAAAUGGAUCGGACGGAACUCCAGGUGCAGAUGGAGAGAAAGGCGACAAGGGAGACACUGGAACACCAGGCUCAAAUGGAUCCGACGGAACUCCAGGUGCAGAUGGAGAGAAAGGCGACAAGGGAGACACUGGAACACCAGGCUCAAAUGGAUCCGACGGAACUCCAGGCGACAAGGGAGACACUGGAACACCAGGCUCAAAUGGAUCCGACGGAACUCCAGGUGCAGAUGGAGAGAAAGGCGACAAGGGAGACACUGGAACACCAGGCUCAAAUGGAUCCGACGGAACUCCAGGUGCAGAUGGAGAGAAAGGCGACAAGGGAGACACUGGAACACCAGGCUCAAAUGGAUCCGACGGAACUCCAGGUGCAGAUGGAGAGAAAGGCGACAAGGGAGACACUGGAACACCAGGUACAAAUGGAUCCGACGGAACUCCGGGUGCAGAUGGAGAGAAAGGCGACAAGGGAGACACUGGAACACCAGGCUCAAAUGGAUCCGACGGAACUCCAGGUGCAGAUGGAGAGAAAGGCGACAAGGGAGACACUGGAACACCAGGCUCAAAUGGAUCCGACGGAACUCCAGGUGCAGAUGGAGAGAAAGGCGACAAGGGAGACACUGGAACACCAGGUACAAAUGGAUCCGACGGAACUCCGGGUGCAGAUGGAGAGAAAGGCGACAAGGGAGACACUGGAACACCAGGUGCAAAUGGAUCGGACGGAACUCCAGGCGACAAGGGAGACACGGGAACACCAGGUGCAAAUGGAUCCGACGGAACUCCGGGUGCAGAUGGAGAGAAAGGCGACAAGGGAGACACUGGAACACCAGGCUCAAAUGGAUCCGACGGAACUCCGGGUGCAGAUGGAGAGAAAGGCGACAAGGGAGACACUGGAACACCAGGCUCAAAUGGAUCGGACGGAACUCCAGGUGCAGAUGGAGAGAAAGGCGACAAGGGAGACACUGGAACACCAGGCUCAAAUGGAUCCGACGGAACUCCAGGUGCAGAUGGAGAGAAAGGCGACAAGGGAGACACUGGAACACCAGGCUCAAAUGGAUCCGACGGAACUCCAGGUGCAGAUGGAGAGAAAGGCGACAAGGGAGACACUGGAACACCAGGCUCAAAUGGAUCCGACGGAACUCCAGGUGCAGAUGGAGAGAAAGGCGACAAGGGAGACACUGGAACACCAGGCUCAAAUGGAUCCGACGGAACUCCAGGUGCAGAUGGAGAGAAAGGCGACAAGGGAGACACUGGAACACCAGGUACAAAUGGAUCCGACGGAACUCCGGGUGCAGAUGGAGAGAAAGGCGACAAGGGAGACACUGGAACACCAGGCUCAAAUGGAUCCGACGGAACUCCAGGUGCAGAUGGAGAGAAAGGCGACAAGGGAGACACUGGAACACCAGGCUCAAAUGGAUCCGACGGAACUCCAGGUGCAGAUGGAGAGAAAGGCGACAAGGGAGACACUGGAACACCAGGCUCAAAUGGAUCCGACGGAACUCCAGGUGCAGAUGGAGAAAAGGGUGAGAAGGGAGAUAAGGGAGAAUAGUUUUUUCUGCUGUGGAAUCUGUUUGACUUGCUCGUUUCUGUAUCUUAUGUUAUCAGAUGCGGGUGUUAGUGAGUACGUAUAGUAUAGCAAUAUGGCAAUUGUCCGUUACUAGUGUAGUUGCUGUCGUACGUUUCAUUGAGCAUGUUUUGGUCUUUGCGUAGCAUUUGCUUUUAGUUGAGAAUUACAAUUCUGAUGUUUCCGUUUUGUCAAGAUCAAAUUAGAGAAUCAA